AUGGGCUCCAUUGAAACUAUCCCGGCCGAGCUCGACGCCUCCGUCGUCAAGAUCACUCGCUCCACCGAGCUCCGCCAUGUACCUCUUCCCGGCUCCUCCGAGGAGCUCAGUCAUUCGUACUGCACCGACCACAUGGUUACCGCGCGCUGGACCGCCGCCGGUGGUUGGGAGACACCCGAAGUGAAGCCUUUCCAGAACCUCAGCAUCCCCCCGACCGCGUCAUGCCUGCACUACGCCACCGAGUGCUUCGAGGGCAUGAAGGUAUACCGCGGCUACGACGGCAAGCUGCGCAUCUUCCGGCCAGACCUAAACGGUGAGCGUCUGUCUAACAGCGCCAUCAGAGCUUCCCUGCCGAGCUUCCGCUACCAGGAGCUCAAGGCUCUCAUUGCCAAGCUGAUGCAGAUUGACGGCUUGCGCUGGCUUCCCAAGUCCCAACCGGGGCGCUUCCUCUACCUCCGCCCUACCCUCAUCGGCUCCGGCACCCAGCUCGGCGUUCAAGCUCCCGCCGAGGCCCUCCUCUUCAUCAUCGCUGUCCCCUGGCCCGACCCGGCCUCCCGACUCAAGGUUGUCCCCGGCGAAGCCCUCGGACUGAAGCUUCUCGCAUCUACACCCGACACUAUCCGCGCCUGGCCCGGUGGCUUCGGCUACGCCAAGCUCGGUGCCAACUACGGUCCGUCUCUCGCAGCGCACGGAAAGGCGCAGGCGCAGGGCUUCGACCAGGUCCUGUGGCUGUUCGGUGAAGACCGCCAGGUUACCGAGGCCGGCGCUAGCAACUUCUUUAUCGUUUGGGAGAAUGCGGAGACUGGCAAGCGCGAGCUUGUGACUGCGCCACUGGAGAACCAGCUUAUUCUUCCUGGUGUGACGAGGCGCAGCGUUCUGGAGCUUGCUCGGUCAAGGCUGAACCAGACUGUUGGUGAUUUGGGCGCCGUUGAGGUUGUUGAGAAGACGUUCACAAUCGGCGACGUCGAGGCGGCGUGGAAGGAGGGCAGAGUUGUCGAGGCCUUUGUUUGCGGAACUGCCUUCUUCAUCACCCCUGUUAAGCUGAUUCGCAACGGCAAUGUCGACAUUCCGCUGCUCAAGCCCGGCCAGACUGCGGGCUACGCUGCCCAGAUCAAGUCAUGGCUUGAGGCGAUCAUGUACGGCAAGGAGGGCGCCGAGAACCACGAGUGGGCGUACCUCAUCGAGAAUGAGAGCGAGAAAUAG